AUGUUAGGUAGUAGUAAUCCAUCGACAUAUCUAUUAGCAGAUAGUUCGAGAAUGUUUCAUGAUGAAAUAUUUUCUGAUGAUAAUGACGAUUCAAACAAUAUGAAUAGUAGUUUAAUGAAUAAUCAUAAUAAUGCUAAUAUUCAUAAUAAUCCAAAUCUUAAUGAUGAUAAUAUUCGUCGAUAUCGAACAGCAUUUUCACGUGAACAAUUAGCAAGACUUGAAAAAGAAUUUCUUCGAGAAAAUUAUGUUAGUCGACCAAGACGUUGUGAAUUAGCAGCAGAAUUACAAUUACCAGAAUCAACGAUUAAAGUUUGGUUUCAAAAUCGACGAAUGAAAGAUAAAAGACAAAAAUUAGCAUUUGCAUGGCCAGGUUAUCCUGGUGAUCCAUUUUCUUAUUUUUCCUAUAUGUAUGCAGCAGCUGCAUCAGGCUAUGUUCCACCAUCACCAACACAACCAACUGGUAAUCCAGUAAUACCACCUAUGAAUUCAUUAGCAGCUGCAGCUGUACGAUUAGCUGCUGCAAGAGUUCGAUCUACACCACCAUCUCAAAUACUUAAUGGUUCAACAGAUACAACAACAAAUUCAUGUUCAUCAGCAUCAUCACCUACAUCAUCUAGUUCAUCACCAAAACAAAAUCAUCAUCAUCAACAACAUUCACCUUCCAAACCUUCAAUUAAUUUUGCUCUUCCAGCAAUGGGUUUAGCAUCGUUUAUAACCAAUUCAGUGAAUGAAUCAACAUCAUCAACAACUAGCACAUAA